AUGGGACCGACACAUCAGCAGGCAGGGCGAUCUGCUAGCCGCAGCGGACCGAGCAGUAGCACCGGCCAGGCACCAGAUCAAGCACAAGCGCUCCGCACCCAAAUCCAGCUGGAAAUUGAACAGAAAGCUAAAGUGUGCGCUAACACGCAGUACGAAUGUACGCUGCCACGGGUAGACUCGUACGUUUACUGCUUCCGGCACAUACUGCAGGACCCAAAUGCUCCGUACAAACAGUGCGAAUUUAUAUUUCCCAAUGAUCGUCGUUGCUUGGAACCAUCACCGAAAUAUGACGUAAAGAAGGACUACGGUUCCAAUUAUUGCUUCGAGCACAGCCGGCAGACGCAGCUGAAAAAGACCAAAUCCACGAUCGGUAAGCUGGUGCCCGUGGAGACGACAGAAACGUUGCUUCACGGAUUGGCACACCAUGUGAAGGUGGAUAAAACCAAGCAGCAUUACAUGGGCAACAACACCCCUCUAAAGAUAACCGUGCAUGAAGAUGACGAUGAUGCGGAUGUGGAUGUCGUAACACCAUCGGUUGAUCCUUUCGUUGACGUCGACGUUACAGCGAUUAACGAUUCCGGACGCAUCGUGCUGGACUAUGCUUCCGAUUCGAGUGACGAUGACGCGGCGAUACUCCAUCCUACGUACGGUUCAUCCUGGAAGGCGCAAGAGAUGGAUAACUCAGACAACGAGAGUGUCGAUUCGCAGGGCGGAGAUCCGUUGAAGCAUGCCGGUAUCUACACGGCCGAGGAAGUGACGCGCAUUACGCAGGAAAAGCUUUUCCGCCUGCAGAAACUGUACAUCGAGCAGAUUCACCGUCUGCAGCAUGUGUUGCGCGAGCGGCGUCGAAACUAUCUGAAGGACCAGCGUACCGAACGCGACAUUCAUUGUAGCAUAUAUGACCAGAUUAAGCAAACGCCCCGCGAACGGUUGCUGUACGAGAAGCUGAAGGGUUUGAACCGUUAUCACCGUAAGCAUGGUGUGGAAGCGAUACUGCAGCGGAAAUAUUUGGAAAAACGGGCUAAAGCAACGGAGGGCCUACAGCAGAAACCACAGACACUGCCCAAGUGUUCGUACACCGAGGGUGGCGUGAAGUGUGGUGAGAGAACACUGCCAUGCUGUAAGCACUGCCGCAAGCACAUCCUAGAGGACAAGAAACAGGUGCUGUUCCGAGCGUGCGGCAUCGAGAAGAGCGGUGUCGUUUGUCAGGAAACAUUGGCUGGAUUGUUCGAGAAUGUGACCUGUCCGUUGCACAUGGAACUACCGGCCCAGCGUUCGUUCAACAAGCGUAAAUACGAAUCCGAAUCCGAAGGGGAGUGUGAAAUCAGUGCCAUGGAGGUUUCCAGUACAGUGGGUGGGGAGAAAUCUCCCAAAGUAGCAACCAACGACAAUUCCAGCAGUGUUGAGGCCACCGAGGAGAAGAAAGCUGUGCAUUUAGAAACAAAAGCUAGUGCCGAAGCGGAUGCAAAACCCUCGGUUAAAACCGAAAACAAACGCAAAGUUAUCAAAACGGAACCAAACACGCCGGUUUCACGAUUGCGUAAUACACGCUCCUCCCGGGCAGCCAUGACCAAACAGGAAGAGCAGCAAACACCGGAUCAAGAAAUGACCAGCACAGCAAACGAUCAGGAGGUGAAGCAGGAGCCAAAUGAAACGCAAGAAAUGGUCACAGUUUUGCAUCCCGUCACCACUACUACCAUGUCCCAGGUGGAUGAUCUCGACUUGGAAGAAUGUCUUCUGCCGGCCAGUGUGAUUCACAAAAAGAAACCAGACGAGAACACCACUAAACAAAUCGUGCAAUUGGAAACGGAAGCGACUGACGUUACUAGUGGAUCGGUAGUUGUAGAAGCAGAAAAUCGAAGCGAAAAAGAACCGGAAUCUUCUGCUCAGGCCUCGAAAGAGGAGAACAAGCAGUUGGAGGAAAUGAUAGAAGAAGGAACAUCAGUUGUCAAAGCUGAAGAUGCGAAUGUAAUUGAAGAUCCUGAAACCAUUUCCUCCAACAUGUCGAAUCAGGAAGCUGUUGUAGAUACAACCACGUCAACCACUGAUGAGGCAAUAUCUGCACAAAAGGAAAAAGACGAUCAGGAUGAAGCGACCAAAUCGCCGAAAGUGUCUCUGACAGCGAGACAAAAGAAGCUAUUGCUCGCUACAGACAAGAAGGAAUCGUAG